AUGAAUACACCAGAUUUCUCUCUUACCUGCAGUCGAGCAGCUCCUUCAGCUGAGUUCUCAGUGGACCGAACACGUCACCUAAUGUCCUUUCUGACCAUGCUGGGUCCCAGUCCUGACUGGAACGUGGGUCUGUCAUCAGAGGACCUCUGCACCAGAGAGUGUGGCUGGGUCCAGAAGGUGGUUCAGGACCUCAUUCCAUGGGAUGCGGGUACAGACAGUGGGGUCACUUACGAGUCUCCCAACAAGCCUGCAACACCUCAGGAGAAAAUUCGUCCCCUCACAAGUUUAGACCAUCCACAGAGCCCUUUCUACGACCCAGAGGGUGGCGCAAUCACUCCUGUGGCUAGAGUUGUGGUAGAAAGAAUUGCUCGCAAGGGUGAGCAGUGCAACAUUGUGCCGGAUAAUGUGGACGACAUUGUGGCUGACAUUGCCCAGGAGGAAAAAGAAGAAGAUGACACUCCAGAGACAUGUAUCUACUCCAACUGGUCUCCGUGGUCCGCGUGCAGCUCCUCGACAUGUGAGAAGGGGAAAAGGAUGAGGCAGAGGAUGCUGAAGGCACAGCUGGAUCUCAGUGUGCCCUGUCCGCAUACUCAAGACUUUGAGCCGUGCAUGGGGCCCGGCUGCAGUGAUGAGGAUGCUUCCACGUGCAUGAUGUCGGAAUGGAUCACAUGGUCACCAUGCAGUAUGUCUUGUGGAGCAGGUGUGCGUUCUAGGGAGCGCUAUGUAAAACAGUUUCCAGAUGAUGGCUUUGCUUGCACUCAUCCCACUGAAGAGACAGAGCCAUGCACUGUCAAUGAGGACUGCUCUCCAAGCAGUUGCUUGGUUACUGAAUGGGGUGAAUGGGAUGCAUGCAGCGCCACCUGUGGGCUUGGCAUGAAAAGACGGGAGCGGAUGGUGAAAAUGCCCCCAUCUGAUGGCUCCAUUUGUGGGGCUGAGGUGGUGGAAGUGGAGAAGUGUAUGAUGCCAGAAUGCCAUACAAUCCCAUGUUUACUGUCCCCCUGGUCGGACUGGAGCGAUUGCAGUGUGACGUGUGGUAAAGGCACACGGAUGCGUCAGCGUAUGCUCAAAUCACCUGCAGAGUUGGGAGAAUGCAAUGAGGAGCUGGAACAGAUGGAGAAAUGCAUGCUGCCAGAGUGUCCGAUGGAUUGUGUGAUGACAGAGUGGUCCGAGUGGUCAGAGUGCAGUAAAUCCUGUGGGAAGGGUCACUUGAUCCGCACACGCAUGAUCACUCUGGAUGCUCAGUUUGGUGGGGAUCCGUGCCCCGAGACCACACAGAGAAAAACAUGCAAGAUCAAGAAGUGUAAUCAAGGAGGCAUAAACAGUGAAGAGAGGAAGAGGCGCAAGGAAGACCGUAAGAAGAGGAGGAACAAACAGGGAAGGGAGGAGAGUGCCGAUGACCUCGCAGUUGGUCUGGCCCUCCAUCCCUCCCCCUGA